CUAGGGAAGGAGAGAGUGAGUGAGAGCGCAGCCGCGGGAGCCAGUGGGCUCCCUCAGUUCCCGAAGGCCCGCCCCUGCGGGGGGCGCGGGGGGCUGAGCUUAAAAGGCGAGGGAUCCGCUGUCUGCAAGAUUUUUCCUCGACAGAUCCUGCCGCAGUCCCUUCCCUCCUACUCGGCCUGUCUCGGUUGGCGUCAUCUCUGCCAGCGUCUCAUCCGUCUCCUGAGCCUGCCGCCUCCAGGUCCCGAGCUGCUGCCUGCCUUCUCCGACCCCUGCCACGAGUCCCCAUAACUCCCUACCCCCAAGUGCCCAGCACUCAAAGCCCCGGGAACUUGUCACAAUGUCUGAGGCGGCGGGAAAUCUCAAUAGCCUCCGCUUGGCGAAUGUGGCCCUGCGAGAGGAGUUAAAUGCCCUUCGAGGAGAAAAUGUCCAACUGGGCCUGCAGCUCGGAAGAGCCUUGGCCGAGGUUAAUUCCUUGCGGGGCAAUGUUUCGAGCUACAUCCGCUGGCCUAUGCCCAUAGUGCCAGUCCUUGCCGAGGAGAACUUUGAGUUCCUGCUCAAUGAGACCGAUCCCACUCCCGAGGAGGAGGAGGAGGAGGAGGAGGAAGAGGAGGAGGAAGUGCCUUUCCUGUGCUGGCCUCCUCCACGUACAGAUCCUGAGUACGUCUCAGAUGAUCUUUUGAUUAAUGUGGUCCAGGACUACACCAACCCCGACGGGUCCAGUGACCCUCCUCUGUCACCCAGCCUGUCCCAGCCGGAACUGCACUCCCCCAUGUCAAAGGAGCCAACCUUAGAGUUCCUUCUGCCACCGCUGGAGCGGCCAGACAUAGAACCCUUUUCAGGCGACCCAGUCUACCUGGCUGAAUUUCUGAUGCAGCUAGAGACUUUCAUAGCAGAUCACGAGGAUCACUUCCCUGGGGGUGCGGAACGGGUGGCAUUUCUGAUCUCCUUCUUCACAGGGGAAGCGAGAGAGUGGGCUAUCUCAGUCACCCAGGAGGGAAGCUCCUUGCAUGCCAACUUCCCGCGCUUCCUGGAUGAAAUCCGUAAGGAAUUCUGUGGCCCCAUCCCCUCACGCGUGGCUAAAAAGGCCAUACGCAAGCUCAAGCAGGGAAACUGUACCCUGGGCAGCUAUGCAGAUGCUUUUCAGUUCUUGGCCCAGUUCUUGUCUUGGGAUGACUGUCGCCUCCAAAACCAAUUUCUCAAAGGCUUGUCAGAAUAUUUCCGAAAGGAACUCUUAUGGUCAACUGAAAUGGCAGAUCUUGAUGAGCUGAUUCUCGAGUGUAUUGAGAUAGAAAGGAAAGUGCGUGUCCCCAAGCCAGCCUCACUCCCUGGAGUUCAAAAUAGCUGCUGCCCUUUUGCAUUAAUUCCUAAUGAAGAUGAAAAUGAAGGUGUGGAGUUCUACAGUGAAAAUGAGGGUGAGGAUGAAGAGGCAGGCGGGUACAGGCUUUAUCUGAACGACCAGAGGAAGCACGUGACGGUUUUUCCACAAGAGAUGAGGGAGGAAGAGAUGGGGAAAGAGGAAGAAGAGAUGGAGGAUGAGGAAGAUGAGGAUGAGGAUGAGGAUUAUGAAUAUGAGGAGGAGGAGGAGGAGGAAGAUGAAGAUGAGGAGGAGGAGGAAGAAGAGGAGGAAGAAGAGGAAGAAGACAAGGAGGAAGAGAUGAAGGAUGAGGAUAGUGAUGAAAAUAAGUAUGAAGAAGAUGAUGAAAUUAUAGUUAGGGUCCUGGAGUCAGAGCAGGAGCAAGAGAGGGAGGAGAUAGAGCACGAGCAUGUGUAUGUGCAUGAGCACAUACAUGCACACAUGCACACACUUGCUGCCCACCACCAUAGCCUACAUGGAGAGCUGAUGCUGAUGGACGAACCUGUCCUUGUUGACACUUCGACCCAGACCAUUAGCUCUGCGAUAGGCUACCAUGCUGAAAAUUACAUGGGUGUGCCACCUUCCAUGAUGCAUUCUAGCAGACAGAGGAACCAGAAUCGAGUCCCACUUCUGGAUGGCCUUCCAGGAACCAAUUCUUCCUUCUACAGCUCGCCACCACUGAUUCGCCAUGCAGGUCGCUUGGGGCAACGCCAAAUGCGAAGACGUCCCUCAAUGCUCUUCUGCCUCACUCCUAGGCAGGGGGGCCACCGAGCUCAAGGUCGGAUUCGAGUGUGAAUACUGGGGUGAGCUGGCCAUGGGAACACACCCUUCCACCGCUUCCCUUGCCUCUGCUAUUGCUGCUGUGCGUGCCCCAUCUACUGACCAGUCCGUACGAAAGCUCCAGACCGGAAGAACUCAAAGAAGACCUGCAGAAUUCCAGAUUGUUUUGCAACCACAACCAGAAGAGUGAAAUGUGCCCAACCAGGGCCAUCUAGGAAAGAAGAGGUCAGGACUCACCAGUCCUCUUGCCCUGUACUCUGCUCAGUCCUCGCACAAGUUGCAAAGCAAGUCUCUAGGCCUGUUCUUGUAAAUGGCACUGGUCACCUUUGUCUUCAACUCUAGUUGUCCCCAAUCUUUGCCUCUCCUGUGCUUCUUUGCCUUGUGUUCUACAGUGUUAUCCUGACUUCACCCAAUGCCUGAGUGAUCUGCCCCAAUCCAUGAUCUAAAGGCAUUAGUUCUAAACUCUUAAUGCCCUGAGGCCACUUACUAGACAACGAGCAGGAUGACACCAAGAAAUAUGCACUUGCCAUAUUUCCAGCAGAAGGGCCUGAGAGGGGAACCUACACAUAGCGCAGUGAGAAUAUGCAAAGCCAGACGGGCAAUGGACAUCUUGUCUGAGAUUGACUCUCUUUGGCCCAUGGUGGCAAAUGGACUUCACUUUGAGUGCUGGGCUUUACCUUCCCUCAGACUUCUGCCUCGGAACCCUUGAACAGACUUUGGCUACUUCUGCCUUCAUGUUGCCUAAAGGACUGGUAUUAGGGAAAGGGGGAGGCAGAGGUGGCAGGAGCACCACAGUUGAGUUUGACAUCCUAAGGAGUGAAUCUUGCUUUAGGAACAGGGCCCUCUUCUCCAAGCUAGGCUUUGGACUGCACCCCCAGCCAGAGGCCUCUGAGGAGACUGUGUCCUCAAGAUUGUGAAGGUGGCCUUGCUGGCCUACUCUUUAAGCCCCUCUGACUCUAAGAAGUCCUCAGUUCUGAAAGGAGAAAACAGGGCCUGUUCUGCAGAGACUGGACUCAUUGCAGCGCUGCCGCCCAGCACCCCCAUGGCUCUCACAUGAGGGGCAAAUCUCUCCCAGGCCUGUUGUUGAACUUCAGUUAAACAGUGUGGCUUAAGAGGUGACUGCCUCCUACACACUCCUGGGGCUUCUUGGGCACAAAUUCAGGUGCCCCUAGUAAGAGACCUGCUGUUCACUUUUGGGUCCAGAAAAUACUGCUUCUGCAGUGGAAAGUACACAUGUAUUAUGUCAGUUCUGGCCACAAAAUGUCAGCCCCGUUCACUGGACUUGUUCCUGGACAUUGAACUUGCUGCACAAUGCCUAGCAGCUGGGCAAAGUGAAGCCCAAGCAUCUGUGGUCAGCAGGAAGAAAACAGUAAAUGGUGUAUCAUCCUCACUGGAGUCUGAAGAUGAGAACUCAGCCCUAGAACUUGAACUUAAGACCAGAGAAGGAACUUGAGGAAGAGGAGUCCUAGACAGACCUAGUCCUCAGACUGGUUAAUGGUGAGAUCUCUAUUCAUCAGCAAGAGGUAAGGGGCCUUUUUGCUUAGCCCUUUGGUUUUUAGCCUGAGGAUCAGUAGAAUUGGGUUCCUAUAACCUGCUGCUUUUACAAUGGGUCCCCCAAAGAGAAAAGUUAAUGUGUAGUCAUUAUGGGGAAUUUGGGAAGUAGAGAACGGAUGUAAGGACAAAAUAGCUCCCUGACUACCAUUCAGAACCUCGCCACACAGAGGCAGCACUUGUUUCAUUCUAGUGGGUUUUCUCAAAGGUGAGGUCAUCCUUCUGGAGGACCAGCAGCAGGACUGAAAUGGCUGUCAUCUGUGUGACGCAGAAUCAUUUCACCUUCCUGAGUCAGUCGUUAGACAUUUCAGUUGUUUGGCUUCCCCAUUCCCACCAGGGUAGGAGUAAAAGGAACCAUGUGAAGACUUUGUUUUGUGUCUGUUUUUCAGCUUAUUUCCUCAAGCGAGAAUUCCAGAAGGGAAAACUCUAUUCUUCGAAGCUAUGGACCCUGUCUGCUGAUGUCAACAUGCUGGUCACGCUGCCUGUGGACUUGUGGAGAAGUGCCAAAAGCAGGUGUCUUGUACCUCUAAUUCCAGAGACCCCCUUGGCACAGGCUUUGCCUGUCUCCGUGGUGCUUCUUACUCUGAAUGCUUGUGGCCUCAGCCAGGGAGACCGAGCGCAUGAGCAGUAAACUGGUCUGUGGGCCUCUGGGGGCAGAGGGGCUUUGAACUUCCUUUGACCUUUUCCCUUCUUUCCCAGUUCUUCAAUAUUUGUUGUGAUGUGACAGCUACAGGACAGCUACUGUCCAAAGCUCUCAGUGC